CAAUGACAUUCAACUAGACAACAAAACAAACAUGACCUGAGUUUUUUCAUAACAAAUUUAUAUUUAAAGUAUUUUUUAUACCUACUUACACUUUAUUUUACCACCAUGACGAUGGCCGAAAAGAAGAAUGAGAUCCCACCGAGCGUGGAAGCAGACCGGAGGCUGCUGGCCUACAAGACCUAUGAAGACUACCUGGACUCCCUCAUCGAUGUCGCUGACCUGAGGAAUUUGAGGAGCUUGGAAUCAGCUCGCACUAUCGCAGCGCUAGGAUAUAGAACACACGGCGACACUCUCACCGAGCGAGAGUUCUACAAGCGGCGGGCGGUAAUACAUGAAGUGGUUUAUCCCACUGUGAAGGCCUAUAUCCUUGUCAGCGAGGGCGCUAAUCUACAGGACCCCUUUAAAAGAGAACUGGCGGUGAGGGAGACCGCUAACAGGAUCGGUAUUGUGCAGACCAUAAUCUUCGUCCGCAACUUGACGCGCGCCGGCUUCGAGAUCUCCGGCUACGUCGACUUCGCUCACCGGCUGCUGACCAAGGACUGGAGGCCGUUCUUCCACGAGGAUGCCCUCCUCUGGCCCAGGAGCUCGGACCUCGGCUACCACCACUGGCGGCACGGCACCGUUAGGAGCAACAUUAGCAGGAAUUAUAAGCCACUCAUGGAUCCAGACAAAGGUCUCCUGUUCCAAAACCGCCACGACCACAAGAUAAUCUGCCCCGACCCGCUCCAGGAGCCGGGCACCAACACGACCAAACUACGAGUCUACUCGGACCGGUACACACAGGUGGAGCUCUACGACCAUAUUGUGAGGAAAAAGAGCUGAUGAAACUGGAAAUAAAUAAAAUCAUGGCUGGCGA